AGACGGGCAGGGGGGAUGGGGGCGAGGCCAGGGUGCAGACAGAGAGAGAGAGAGAUUCGGAGCCCCCCACCCUCCCCUCCUUCUACUAACACAGGAUUAGGGGAGGGGAUUUUUUUUUUUUUUUUACUGCCGUGGGCCUUUUUAGGAAUCUCUCGAUUGCUUCCUAGCAGUGGAGGCGCACAGCCGGCCAAACAGCCAGUGGAGGGACACGCGCGCUCUCGAUGUCCGAGGGACCAGAGCGACUUCCGGAUAUGUCGUGCAGGUGUCACUCCAAGGCCAUCCUUGGCAGCUAGUCGACCGGACGGCCCGUUCACCAUGGUAGUGUCUCAGCCGCACGCCACCUUCAGGUCUGCUCUCCCUGGGCUCCUCCUUUUCCUGACGCUUCACCUCUGCUCGUCUCAGAAUUCCUUUGCCCCUGAGGACAGGCCGCAGGAUUUGUGUUCUAGAAGAGAGCACCCCACCGUCUCCUUUGAUGCAUUAAAGCCUUGGGUUUCCAACUUCUCGUACACUGGCGUUCAGGAUUUCUCCCAAUUAGCGCUGGACAUCGGCAGGAAUCAGCUGAUCGUGGGAGCCAGGAACUACCUCUUCAGACUGAACCUUAGCAAUGUGUCCCUCUUACAGGCAACGGAGUGGGGCCCAGACGAAGAGACCAGGAGGUCCUGUCAGAGUAAAGGGAAGACUGAGAUGGAAUGCCAGAAUUACAUCCGGGUUCUGCUCAUCAAUGGCAAAAAAGUGUUCACUUGUGGCACCAAUGCCUUUCUACCAGUUUGCACCUCCAGACAGGUUGGAAACCUGAGCAAGGUGAUCGACAAGAUCAACGGCGUGGCACGGUGUCCGUAUGACCCGCGGCACAACUCCACGGCAGUGGUAACAUCACGAGGGGAGCUGUAUGCUGCAACUGUCAUCGACUUCUCAGGAAGAGACCCCGUCAUCUACCGCAGCCUAGGGAACAUGCCUCCUCUGCGCACGGCCCAGUACAACUCCAAAUGGCUGAACGAGCCCAACUUUAUCUCUGCAUAUGACAUCGGUCUCUUCACUUACUUCUUCCUACGAGAGAACGCAGUCGAACACGACUGUGGCAAGACUGUCUACUCCCGUGUGGCCCGGGUCUGCAAAAACGACAUCGGUGGAAGGUUCCUGCUGGAGGACACGUGGACAACGUUCAUGAAGGCCCGACUGAAUUGCUCCCGCUCUGGUGAAAUCCCAUUCUACUACAACGAGCUGCAGAGCACCUUCCACCUUCCCGAGCAGGACCUCAUCUAUGGCAUCUUCACCACCAACGUGAACAGUAUCGCUGCCUCCGCUGUUUGUGCUUUCAACCUGAGUGCCAUCACUCAGGCCUUCAACGGGCCAUUCCGGUAUCAGGAGAACCCGCGGUCCACCUGGCUGGCUACUCCUAAUCCCAUCCCCAAUUUCCAGUGUGGCACGGUGAAUGACAGCACCCCAAACGAGAACCUCACGGAGCGCAGCCUGCAGGAUGCCCAGCGCUUGUUCCUCAUGAACGAUGUGGUUCAGCCCAUUUCCAUUGACCCACUCGUCAUGCAGGACAACAUCCGCUUCUCCAAGCUGGUGGUUGACAUCGUCCAGGGCCGGGACACGCUGUAUUACGUCAUGUAUAUUGGAACAGAGUACGGAAGCAUCCUGAAGAUGCUGUCUACGGCCAACAAGAACCUGCGAGGCUGCUACUUGGAGGAAAUGCAGCUGUCUCCACCGGGACAGCGGGAGGCCAUCCUCAGCAUGCAGAUCCUUCACAGCGAUCGCUCCCUGUCCGUGGGAUUAAACGGAAGAGUCCUGAAGAUCCCGCUGGAACGGUGUUCCACUUACAAGACCGAACGUAUCUGCCUGGGAGCGAGAGAUCCAUACUGUGGCUGGGACAGCAAACAGAAGCGGUGCACCACCAUCGAGGACAGCUCCAACAUGAGCCAGUGGAGCCAGAACGUCACCGAGUGCCCAGCCAAGAACCUGACCACCGAUGGAUCCUUUGGGCCGUGGUCAUCAUGGCAGCCUUGUGAGCACGGGGACGGAGACAGCAGCGGGGCCUGCCUGUGUCGGUCGAGGGCCUGUGACAGCCCAGUGCCACGCUGUGGGGGCCGAGCCUGUGAAGGAGCCACCAUCGAAGUGGCAAACUGCUCAAGGAAUGGCGGCUGGACCCCCUGGUCAUCAUGGGCCCAGUGCAGCACUACAUGUGGCAUUGGCUUUCAGGUCCGUCAACGAAGCUGCAAUAACCCCUCACCAAGGCAUGGGGGCAGAGUGUGUGUGGGACAAGGUCGAGAGGAAAGGUUUUGCAAUGAGAACAGCCCGUGUCCACUUCCUAUAUUCUGGUCUACGUGGGGCUCGUGGACCAAAUGCAGCACUGAGUGUGGUGGAGGAAUCCAUUCGAGGGUGCGCAGCUGUGAGAAUGGCAACAGCUGUCCAGGCUGUCCUGUGGAGUACAAAGCGUGCAACCUGGAGUCCUGUCCGGAGGUGAGACGCAACACGCCCUGGACGCCGUGGAUGCCGGUGAAUAUCACUCAGGGAGGUGCCCGCCAAGAGCAAAGGAUCCGCUACACCUGCAGAGCUCAACUUGCAGACCCCCAUGAGCUGCAGUUUGGUAAACGCAAGGUGGAGACCCGCCUGUGCCCAAGUGACGGCUCCACUGCCUGUGAGACUGACACCCUUGUUGACGAUUUGUUAAAAAGCAGCAAGCCAGCACCGCGCACAGCGAAUGGCGGAUGGUCGUCGUGGUCUGCGUGGUCGUCCUGCUCUCAGGAGUGCGAGACUGGAUACAGAACCAGGAAGAGGACCUGCACGAACCCAGAACCGAAAAACGGGGGUCUGCCAUGCAUCGGCUCAGCGGUCGAGUAUCAGGACUGCAACAGCCAGCCUUGUCCCGUGAAAGGGGCCUGGUCCUGUUGGUCAUCCUGGUCCCAGUGCUCGGUCACUUGUGGUGGAGGACACUAUCAGCGAACCCGCACCUGUACUAACCCUGCGCCAGCCAAUGGAGGUGACAUCUGCAUUGGUCUGCACACUGAGGAGGCGCUCUGCAGCACCCACCCGUGUGAAGGUGGCUGGUCAGACUGGUCAGAGUGGAGUUUGUGUAACGAAGAAGGCCUGCAGUUUCGGAGCCGUUACUGUGAGGUUCACGACCCCGAGGCCACGCCGUGUGUUGGCAACAGCACUCAGCACAGGGAGUGUUUGUACAACGAGAUACCGGUGAUUCUGCCAGCAUCGAGUUUUGAGAAGGAUGUGCCCUGCGCAGGUUUCACUCUCGUUCACCUGAUUGCCACCGGAGUGUCAUGCUUCCUUGGUGCCAGCCUCUUGACGUUCCUGAUCUAUGCCUACUGUCAGAAGUGCAGGAAGCAAUCCCAGGAGUCUGCAGUGAUACAUCCGACGACGCCAAACCACCUGAACUACAAGGGGAAUACGACGCCAAAGAACGAGAAGUACACACCGAUGGAGUUCAAGACCCUGAACAAGAACAAUCUGCUCCCGGACGAGCGGAGUAACUUCUACCACGCGCCCCUGCAGCAGACCAACGUGUACACCACCACCUACUACCCCACCACGCUCAACAAGUACGACUACCGGCCCGAGUCGUCUCCCGGGAGGACCUACACGCACAGCUGAGACGCGGGGCGCUGCCGCUUGGGUUUUGCCGUUUCCCUUUCCACCCUUUUUGGUUUUUUGUUUUUGUUUUUUAACAAAUUAAUUUCUUCAAGGAGCCGCGUAGGCCGCUUGCUUAUGGUUUUUAUUUUUCUCAAAUGGACUUCCUGCAGUCGGCUGAAGGCGCUAGUGUAGCAGAACGCCAGGACAGGCCCUGUGGCGGAGGGACCUUGGAGGUGGACUGCGGGCCUCCAGUGUGGCACUUUACCCGUCUGCCUGCGACCGCGGAGUCGGCACAACUGGAUUUGCUUUCCUUUUUUUUUUUUUUACGUCGUUUGUUUCACGGAGAAGCUCGGCGGUCCGAGCAGGAGCACCGAUGGCCGCACAGCCCACCCUGACUGGGCAUUUUUUUAAAUUGUUUUUUUAUUUUUUGCAUCUUUCAAACGGUAAUCCACUAAAGAGAAAAGCCAUCGUUCACGAGCGUUAACAAACGGACGACGACUAGCACUCACUAUUAACCCUUUGUAUGCCAGGAUGGGACUCCAAACGUUUUCGGCCGUCUUCAUUUUGAUGACACGGACACAUGGCAGGAGCAGGAGCCGGACGGUAACUCCGAGGUCGGCCCCUGGUUGGAGGUCUGAACGCUCUGGACACGCGUUGUGCUUCCAAGUCUUCCAGGAAUGGGUGUUUCGGCACUGGGGGUCCCCACCUUGUUGUGUUUUUUUUUUUUUUUUUUUUUUUUCUUCUGUCCGGAGGUCCGUCUCCAUUGUCACCUUCACAAAUGGCGGUUUGUUGGGCUCUUUGACCUCCGGUACUCCUCACGGUAUUGGACUGCAAUGCCACACAGCCUCGGAACUCUUCCAUCCCAUGUGAUUGUUCCUUUUUCUGUUUGUCACCUCGUGUCGUCCUGUAGUUGGACUGAGGGACGUGUCCGGGUGGCCCCAGUGGGGUCUCUGCGAAGCUUCACUGUGUGCGCUCAGUGUGCCCACCUGGACGUCUGUGUCAGAAUACCUGGAACUGAUGUUUGGUUUGUGUGGGCAUUCCCCAGGUGUAAUGCCGUUGAACCCUGAGCCAUGUGUUCCCAUCAUGCACUGCUCUCUGCCGCCUGGUGUAUGGCGGCCAUGUAAUUUGUAUGUGUACAGAUGCUUGGCUUUUUAGGGAAUUUCUAACUUCGGCUCUCCUCCGGCCAGGCCCGUGGGGGUCCAGGAGGGGCCGCCGCCAUAGACGCGCUCGUCUGCUGUGUAGCUAACGCUGUCACAAAUGCCUUAGAGUUGUACAAAGCGCAGGUUAUGUAAAUACCGACCACAAAGACCGGGACUGGAGUUCACUAAUACACGGGGCGGGCACAGGGCCGGGCGGCGAGGAAUCGGCUGUUUGCCACCUGUGAGGCUUCAGCGAGGCCCGUCCUCCCAGUGGUCUCCAGCAGCUGACCAGCCGUAGGCCCCCUUUAUUACCAGGAAAUGGAUGAGGAGUUGUAAAGUGUGAGAAGUCGUGUGGGUUUGUCUCCGAUGUCUCUGACCCCCCAGUUUGAAAUCUACGCUUCCAGGAUUUCACUGUUGUCCGCACCGACCUCGUGCUGCGCCUUUAAAUGAAGUUCGACUCGUCGUCCUCCUCACCUCUGUGGAGAUUCCCACGGAGCUUCGCUCCCUUAUUGACGUGGAGGGCCGCACUGCGGGACGGGGUACCUGACAACUGCAGGCUGGUCUCGACACCGAAGUCCACGUUUUAGCACCGACUCGCCACUCGUCUGUCCGUAUUUACUUCUGAACGGUGAAAUGGCCAAGAAUCUCAACUCCUGGCCGUGUGCGGCACACGUGUGAAACGAGGCCGACCAGGAGGUCACCAGCCGAUCGCCCGCCGUAUUACUGAACUUCAUGCUGAAGGCGUCUGUGUCCUCCUAUGCAACUGACUUGGUGGUCCGAGAACUUUAGAAUGUGAUCUUCUAGACUGUAAUCACUGCCUUUAGACACUGUGAAUUUUUGGUACUUUCUAUUUUUGUACAUUGGAAAGAAGAAUAAAAACAGAACUUUGAUGCCA